AAAGAUAAUACGAAGAAAGAAAACAAUAUUCCGUGUCCCAUUUGUGUUUUCCAACUUACGAUUUUUUACUUACCACAGCCCCUCAGCCACUGGCGCUCCUUUGUUUUGGCCGGAGAGUCGCAUCCUCACCAACAUAUGCUUAACCACCAGGUCUCAGUUUCACGAGUUACAGAAUAUAGUCUUUACAUUUUACAGUCGGCGCAGCAGAAGCCAAGAUAUCAUCUGAAAACUCAAAACCACCUUAAAAAGCCCUGGAAUAUAUCCAUGGCAAAGAAUGCAUCCUCUUCAAUUUCGCCAUCGAAUUGCACUGAGAGUGCCACUAAACAAACUGAGACCCUGAAAUCCUUGUUCGAUCCUCACAGUAUUGACCCACAUUUGCUUCAGAAAAUAGAGUAUGAUGCACUGGUUUGGAGUUCUCUUCAUGGGCUGCUUGUUGGAGACAGGGCUUCGGAGAACUCAGGAAAGAUUCCUGGUGUCGGCCUAAUUCAUGCACCAAUAUCCUUGCUGCCUACACCGUUUCCUGAAAGUCACUGGAAACAAGCUUGCGAAGUAGCUCCAAUAUUCAACGAACUGGUUGAUCGUGUGAGCUUGAAUUCAGAAUUCCUGCAGGAAUCCCUCUCGAGAACCAAAAGGGUUGAUGCUUUUACAGCUAGACUCCUAGAUAUUCAUGCCAAGAUUCUAGAUAUGAACAAGAGAGAGGAAAUACGCCUAGGACUACAUCGCUCAGACUAUAUGCUGGAUGAACAAACUAAUUCACUUCUUCAAAUAGAGCUCAAUACAAUUUCUUCUUCAUUUCCUGGACUGAGUUGCCUUGUUAGUGAGCUUCACAGGAGCUUGCUUCAUCAAUACAAACAGCACCUUGCUUUAGAUCCACUACGGAUUCCCCAAAAUAAUGCUGUUGGUUUGUUUGCUGAAACACUCUACAGAGCAUGGGCCGAAUACAAUAACCCGAGGGCUGUGGUGGUGAUUGUUGUUCAAACUGAAGAACGAAACAUAAGCAUAAGAAGGACCUUGGCAGAGAUUGAUGCACAAGGGGAGAUUUUACCCGACGGAUCACUUAUUGUGGACGGUGAAGCUGUUGCUGUGGUUUACUUCCGAGCUGGAUAUGCACCAACAGAUUAUCCCUCAGAAUCAGAAUGGAGUGCUAGGCUAUUGAUUGAGCAGUCGAGUGCAAUCAAAUGCCCCUCAAUUUCCUAUCAUUUAGCUGGCACCAAGAAGAUUCAACAAGAGCUAGCAAAACCCAAUCAACUUGAAAGAUUUCUCGAAAACAAAGAUGAUAUUGCUAAGGUGCGUAAAUGCUUUGCCGGUUUAUGGAGUUUGGAUGACUCAAGCAUAAUCAAGGAUGCAAUUGAGAAUCCUGGAUUGUACGUCAUGAAGCCUCAAAGAGAGGGAGGAGGGAACAAUAUCUAUGGUGAAGAUGUGAGGCUCUCGUUGCAAAGAAUGGAGAAGGAAGGCAUGGAAGAAAAUGCAGCAGCUUACAUUCUCAUGCAGAGAAUCUUUCCGGUAAUUUCACGUGCAGUUCUGAUGCGGAACGGGAUUUCUCACAAAGAACAUGUUAUAUCAGAACUUGGGAUAUAUGGCACCUACUUGAGGAACAAGACAGAUGUGAUCGUGAAUGACCAUUCCGGUUAUUUGAUGCGGACUAAGGUCUCUUCUUCAAAUGAAGGCGGGGUUGCAGCUGGGUUUGCUGUUUUAGACAGCGUGUAUUUAGUUUAAUUACUGAAAUUCUGUGCCUCCGCGGAUUAUCUUUGUAAGCAACCCUGAUAUUCAUUUGUGACUUUUCGAGUUCAAUGAAGGAAAUAAAAGAGUAUUAAACUGGGACUUUUCGAGUAAGAUAAAGUAAAAGAAUAUUAAACUGGUGGCAUAUUUUUUAGUAAUGUAAAGGAAAAUGAAGCCUAAUUGAAUUAAGGAUUGUGUGCCUUCUUUUCAGUGUUGUAUUAUUCCACCUGGAAAUGUUUUCCAACUUCAGUAUAUCUGGUUGAGUGACAAGGUUAUUGCUUUGUUUAAACGAAAUGGAAGUAAUGAGUUGUUAAGC